AUGAAGGAGAUCACGAAACGCUUGGGUGCUGUCGGUGCUACUCGCCUUCCAGGAUGGGGACCGCGUGAUCCUCACUGUGCCUGGUUGGUGACACUACAAGAUAUGGCUGCCAACCGAUGUCACCGACGUUCUCGUUGUCAUCAAUUUGCUGAAGAUCCUUUGACACCCCACAACCGGUUUCGUCCUACUUGGGGCUCAAACAACAACCAUACCGGCGGUAACGCUGAUAAUCAGCCGCCAUACAACCAUGAAGAGGAAUGCCCUAGUAAAGAGUGGAAAGAAAACAGAGAGGGGUGGGGACUUGCUGCAAACAGCAGGUGGAAGACGAACCUUGGAAUACUAGCGAGCUCCCGCCUCCAAUACGCAGCUACCUACCCCACAUACCCGAAUCACCUACAACCACUGUACGGCGAGCACACGGUUCAUAGAGUUGACAAUGAUGAUGAUGAUGACGGUGAUGAUGAUGAUGAUGAUGACGAUGAUGAUGAUGAUGUACAGGGGUUUUAG